CUGAGAAGGAAGAGAGGCAAACAGUGAGUAGCAGGUGGGAUGAGAGACACGACGAGAGCGAGACAGAGCCGCAGAGAUAGGAAGAGGGGGGAAGGAAGAAAGAGAGCACAAAGCAGUAAGCUCGUAGAGAAGAAGUGAGAGUUGAGGCAGAGGAAGAGGAAAAGGGUUCGUGGAAAAAGGAACAACAAAAAGAAAAUAAAAGGACAGACACUCAACAGAUACGCCGAUGACUGUCCAUCAUCUUUAGGAACAUAUUUUAAGAGCGAGAGAAAGCCAAGUAAAUUCGUCGACAUGAUGAAGUUGUGGAGUCGCCUCUGCUUCCUCGUUCUAGCAACUUCUUCAAUUUCCAGAGGACAAAAUGUAACUGCUGUUUCUCAAGGAAAUGCAACUCAAAAUGACGCUGCCCGCACCACACUGCACACUCCUUCUCCUCAGACUCAAACCUCAGUGAAUGCAACAGAUCUAUCUUCACAAAACAUAACGACUCCAGAAAAAGGACCACAGAGUACAGACGACGUGGUUACAACACAGGAAGUCAAUGGCAAAGCAGUGCAGACGACAGCCCCGGUCAGCACCGCGGGAGGCAGGAGGGGUGGUGUCACUACUGAUGUGGCGACAGUCGCCAUAGCGAUGACCAGUGCCUCACUGACAACAGCAGCAAUCGCAGGCACAGCAGGUUCGUCCUGGGGUUACGUGAUCCUGGUGUUAAUCAUCCUGGUGAUCAUUGUUCUGUGUGCCAUCCUCUACUUUCUCAGGAGAGUCUCCAGGACGUACUCGUUUGACCUCCAUCGUCAGGUUCCCGCCGACCAUCUUAACGAACCCAUCGGCACCUUUGAACCAGUCUACCUGGAUGACCUGGAUCAACCAGCUCCUAAAGACCAAGUGACCACCGAUGACCUUUCACCUCCUCCAGUAUCCAACGGCACAGCUUUACAGUCAGAGGAAUACGGCUCCAACGGAGAGACUGCUCCACAGGAACAGCCAGAUGCAAACGGUCUGCAGCCUUCACCCGCCAGUAACUCCAGUCCCUCGCUGGACGACAACCCAGCUGAUAAGACUCCCAGCCCACUGAGCAGUACCAACCUGUUCUUCAAUGGUAUUGGGGAGGAGCAGCAGAACGAAAACAACAACAACCCAUCGGUUUGUUCCAGUGACCCGUUUGUUGAAAUAAACCUUGACGAACCAGCGUGGUGCGAUCAGUUCCUCACCUCCCCUGAAGCUUCAUCUUCUGUUCUCCCCUUCACUCCUUUCUCCUUCUCCACCUCUCCCUCUUCUUCUUAGCACCAUGAAUGAUGUCCCCAAGUUCAACCUGGAAACAAAACAUAAAAGCUAGGAGCAUUUUUGACAUUUAUUUCCAGCCUGCUCGCAACUAGCCAGAAAUAUCUGCCAGUUCAGGCGUAUAAAUCUCAGCCUACAGGCUGUAAACAUAAAAAGCUAGCUUUAGCAUUUUGUUGUGGUGCGUUUAGAUGCAUUUAGUAAAAUAUACAGUCUGAUAAGGUCGUUUUUAUCAAAAUGUUUUGACACAGUAACCUUAUUGUCCUCGCUUCAGCAGACACAAGUUAGCUUAGGUUACCUGGACUCUUCGUUAGCUAGCUAAGCUAACGAGCUAGCAUGAUGACUAGGCAUUUUUAGCUGGAGCCUUUAACAGUAGCACAGUUUAUUUUAUUGCAGUUUAACAUUAGUUAGUAGUCUUUUAAUUGCUAUAAUCAGCUCGACGCAGUUUCUCAAACUACAGCAAUAUGCUAACAAGCUAUUAAUAAACUUUAAUUUCUACUGUAUUUCUGUGGUGCGGCCCUGUAGAGACAAAAUGUAAGCCACAGUUACUGUGCGAAUGUUUUCUAUAUGAUAAAAGAAAGUAUAGAUACAUGCUGUUUGUUGUGAUUUACAGUAUUUGUUUUGACAUUUUCUAAUGAAUAGGCCUCAAUCAUUUUUUUUUUGUUUAUAGGCUAGAAAACAAUGCAAGAGAAAUAAAUAAAAUACAUUUCACUGCUGUAUUUUGCUUUUUUUAGGUAAGCUUUGGAUCAAACUGACAUACAAGUGUAUAACUUAUUGUUUUACAGUGAAACUGAUGUUUUUCGUUUAUUUUGUUUUUGUCAUAAAUACGUGUUUUUCCAUUGGCUUAUCAUUUGCCUGUUCUUCCAGCCAUUAAGCCAGUAACAAUUCUUUAUUUAGAGUUUUUAUUCUACUUAUAAAAGAAAAAACAGUUUGCUUUUGCUGUAACCCUUGUACACUCUGUAAUAAAGCUGUAAAAAUUUAAUAAAAAACUUUUAAAAUCA